CUUGCGCGCAUCGCAUCGAUCAAUCUACGUGCGAGAGAAGAAACACCGCUCUGGACCACAACCAUCGACGGCAGUUGUUUUUCGUCGCCGGGCGCCCGGCAUCGCAUCCAUGAGGCUCCCAGCCGCCCUGCUGCUGCUGCUGUGCGCGCGGGCAAGCGGCGACGCACCCCUCGAGCUCGUAGCGCAGUUACGAGCCGUCCAGCGCGACAGCCCUUUGCUCGACUCGAUGAAGGAUGACGUCGCCGACGUGCCGCCGCACGAGCUGGCACAGGCGAGAGCCUCGCUAGGAGACGACGUCACCAGAGGCUUUCACGGCACGACGACCGUCGCCUUCCAGUACGAGGGCGGCACGGUCUGCUGCGUCGACAGCCGCGCGUCGCUGGGCACGUUCGUCGGAAGUUCAGCGGAAAAAAUCAUCCCCAUCUCGAAGAAAACGCUCGGCACGAUGGCCGGCUCGGCGGCGGACUGCGUGAGCUGGCUAAGGCUGCUGAGCGCCCUGUCGAAGCUCCACGAGCUCGAGAACGGUGCGCCUUUGAGAGCGUCACAAGCCGCGCGGACGCUCGGGUCUUUAUUGCGAAGACGGCGCGGCGACGACUACGGCGUUGGCACGAUGGUCUUUGAUAGUGACGCGUUAUACUAUGUGGAUGGCGAGGGCUACGAGCUCAAGGGGUCGGCCUUCGCCGUCGGGAGCGGUAGCGUCUACGCGUACCCGGCGCUCGAGGCGAAUCUAGAUGGGUUGGUGGACGCCGCCGCGGCGUUGGAGAUCGCCGAGCGCGCCGUUGCGACGGCGGCCGUCCGGGACGCCUACUCGGGUGGUCUGCUAAAUUUGUGCGUCGCCGAGAAGGGUGCCGAGGGCUGGCGCCGGUUGUUGAGAAGGCAUGCACCUGUUUUGUUAAAUACUUAGAACUCU